AUGACUGAUAUUAUUAAGAGGAGAAAAACAGAAGGCUCUGGAAAACCUGUGUUGACACCUUCUAAGAUUUUUGCUCCAUUCAGAGUUGUUGGUAAUGUCAGUAAUGGCACUCCAUUUGCCAUUGGUACUCUAGGUAGCACAUUCUAUAUUGUUACUAGUGUUGGCAAAACUUUCCAAAUAUAUGAUGCCAAUAAUUUACACCUAUUAUUUGUUUCCUCAAAGGAAACAGAAACUCCAAUUGUCUCAUUGGCUGCUCAUUUUCAUUAUGUGUACGCUGCGUUUCAUAACAAAGUUGGUAUCUACAAGCGAGGUAUCGAAGAGCACUUAAUUACACUAUCUACUAAAGCUACUAUAACGAAAAUGUGUGUUUUUGGUGAGUUUCUAUGUAUAGCAACCGAUGACAAUUCGGUUCAUGUCUAUAAGAAAAAGCUUCCAACCGAUAAAUAUGCCACUGUUUUCUAUACAAAAUUAUCUAUCCCACAACUUAAUGGUAAUGAUAUUGUUGAAAUACUUCACAUGCCAACUUAUUUAAAUAAGAUUGUUGUUAUUACCCAAUCAUUAAUUUAUUUGUUUAAUAUUAGGACUGGUAAACUAAUUUUUGAGUCAGUAGAAUUUCCAAAUCCAAUUACCGCUGUAGAAUCAGCUCCUGCAUUAGAUAUAUUAGCACUAGGUACAGGUACUGGUGAUAUCUUAUUAUAUAAUUUAAAGAAAGCUAAGAUAAUUCGUACAAUUAAAUUUCCCCAAUUUAGAAUAUCUACUAUAUCAUUUAGAACAGAUGGUGAAUCACAUUUAUGUGUAGGUUCAAGUAGUGGUGAUCUAGUAUUUUACGAUUUAAAUCGUAAGACACGUAUCCACGUCAUGCAAUCAGUUCAUGAAGAAGAAUUUGGUGGUAUUACGAAAGCUACUUUCUUAAAUGGUCAGCCCAUUGUAGUUACAUCUGGUGGAGAUAACAAGUUAAAGGAAUAUGUUUUUGACCCAUCAUUAUCCCAAGACGAUGGUGAAAUUGUUGUUCAACGCCCAAGAUUUUUGCGUUCUAGAGGUGGUCAUUCUCAACCUCCAUCUUGUCUAACGUUUGCUGAUUCCCAUUCUCAUUUUCUUCUUUCCGCCUCAAGAGAUAGAACAGUAUGGGGCUUUUCAUUAAGAAAGGAUGCACAAUCACAAGAAUUAUCUCAAAGAGCUCAUAAGAGUCAAGAUGGUAAUAGAAAAAGUGGUAGCACAAUUAGAGAAAAAUUUCCUGAAGUUAUUGCUAUGGCAGUUGAGAAUGCAAGAUUAGGUGAUUGGGAAAAUGUUAUUACAGCGCAUAAAGAUGAAAAAUUGGCUCGUACAUGGGAUAUGCGUAAUAAAAGGGUUGGUAGAUGGAGUUUUGAUACUACUGAUGAUGGAUUUGUUAAAUCUGUUGCAAUCUCGCAAUGUGGUAAUUUUGGUUUUAUAGGUUCUUCUAAUGGUUCUAUUGUUAUAUAUAACAUGCAAAGUGGUCUGAUUAGAAAAAAAUAUAAAUUACAUAAGAGAGCUGUUACUGGUAUUGCAUUGGAUGGUAUGAAUCGUAAAAUGGUUUCUUGUGGUUUAGAUGGUAUUGUUGGUUUUUAUGAUUUCAAUAAAUCAACUCUAUUAGGUAAGCUGCAAUUAGAUGCUCCUAUUACUUCUAUGAUUUACCAUCGUUCUUCUGAUUUAUUUGCAGUGGCAUUGGAUGAUUUAUCUAUUUGCGUAAUUGAUACAGUAACACAAAAAGUAGUCCGUCAAUUAUGGGGUCACAGCAAUAGAAUUACAGCAUUCGAUUUUUCACCAGACGGUCGUUGGAUUGUAUCAGCUUCAUUAGAUUCUACAAUGAGAACAUGGGACUUGCCAACAGGUGGUUGUAUUGAUGGUGUUAAAUUAGAUUCUGUUAUAACUAACUUAAAAUUUUCUCCCAAUGGUGAUAUAUUAGCCACUACUCAUGUCAGUGGUAAUGGUAUAUUCAUUUGGACUAAUAAAGCACAAUUUAAACCAAUAUCUACAAAGACGAUUCCAGAAGAACAAUUUGAAAAAAUUUUAAUGCCAAAUGGUACAUCUUCUAAUACAGGAUCACUUUUAGAAGGUGCACUUGAUACUGAACUUGAUGAAGAUUUAAAUUUCAACAAUUAUCAAUCAGUGGAUCAAAUCCAUGAAGAUCUAUUAACUUUGUCUAUUGGACCAAGAAAUAAAAUGAAUACAUUAUUGCAUUUAGAUGUGAUUAGAAAACGUUCUAAGCCAAAGGAAGCCCCUAAGAAACCUGAAAAGACACCAUUUUUCUUACAUUUAGCAGGUGAAAAAGUUGGUGAUGAAGCUUCAGGUAGAGAGGGUGUUAUUCAUGAAACUCCAGAGGAACUUGCUAAAAUACAAGAAUCAAUUGCUAAUGAAGAAGCUGCUAAAGAAGAAUUAACUAAAUUUAAACCUAAUGGUCGUUUAGGUUUUGAAUCUAAUUUUACCAGAUUAUUAAGAGAAGGUGGUAAUAGCGGAGAUUUCUCCAAAUUCCUUGAUACUUUAAUUGUAUUAACGCCUGGAUCUAUUGAUUUAGAAAUAAGAUCAUUAUAUUCAUUUGAGCCUUUUGAUGAAAUUGUAUGGUUUAUUGAAGCAUUGACUGCUGGUCUUGAAUCUAAGAAAAAUUUCGAAUUAUACGAAGCUUUCAUGAGUUUAUUAUUUAAGGCACAUGGCGAUGUCUUACAUAAUAAUAAUACUAAUGAAAAAAUUUCUGCUGCAUUAUCUGAAUGGGAAAAGAUUCAUAAAAAAGAUCAAUCAUUAGAUGAAUUAGUUAAAUAUUGUUCUGGUGUCAUUAAUUUUAUAUCUAGUGUAAUAAAAAUUAAAAAAAAAAAAAAAAGAAAAAGCGUAACAAAAUAG